AGUAAAUGAAAAGAAGAGGAGUUUAUAGUCCGUUUCUAAAUGGAGCUUCUUCGGUUUUCUGCUUUCUGGUGUGGAACGAUACUCUUUGGUAGUAUUCUGCUAGAACAGAAGGGUGAGUUAAAACUUUAUUUCAAGUAGCCUAUGAAUGUUGGUGGUUGGCUAUAGUGUUAUCAAGGUAUUAAAGUAAUUAUUGAAACAUUUAUGAGGUUAUUGACCGCUAGUAACGUUGACACUUGUUUCUGUUUCCCCAAAUUAUAACUUCUAAAUUGCCAUUCAAUUUUUGUAGCAGGUGGUCAAACGUAAUCUAGCUUUAAAACUCUACAUUUUGGUGGAAGGCAAAAUGUUCAUCUCAUUUCAGCUAAACCUCGCAAAUAUAUUGACUGGCUGGUGUUACUGCGAAUUUGUAUGCAUAGUAUUUAAUGUAUGCAAAUUACGCAGUCAGUGUUGUUCAAUAUCAGGAACUCAGGAACUGUGGUACAUUUAUACCCAAAUCAUACUUUUUUACUAAAGUGGGGAUGGAAUGAAUGUAUGAGCAUAAUUUCUAACUAUUUUCAAUACUUCAAGUGGGCGCUAGUAUUUUCCAAGAGGAAAUCACAUCAGAAAAUAAUUUGAGUGUGUGCCAUGAUGUUUCUGUAAAUGGGAAGUAGGCCCAUGUUGUGAAUUAAAGUGGCUGCUUAACACAGUGGGAGGAGGUUUAGCUACAUCACCUGUUGCGAUAGAAAACCUGCAUGGUGGUCCUACUAAUGGGACUUUUCAUUCUGAUGUACAUUGUUGACACUGGAAGUGGGAAUUAUAUUUGGUCUAUCAUUUGCAAGGUAGACACAUCAUAAAUUGUAAUCUAUUUGCCCUUGUCUCCAACUCCAACCCAGUCCCAAUGGCACCAAACACCGUUGACUUCUUAUAAUCCUCUCUCCCCCACAUCUGCAAUUAUAUUUUGCCCUGGGUGACAAUUAACAGCAUUCAUCCCCACCAUAGCCCGCCUCCUUGGGCUUAAAUUACAUACACUUUGAGAGGAGUUUUUCUAAUGAUAUAAUUACUUUUCACUCCACAACUACCAGCACUCAGCCCGAGAUAAUUCUUAGCUGUUCUGUUAUAACUCUAUAACAGACUACAAACUUCACCUCAGGCCAAAUUCUAAAUUGUACACCUCUGCAGUACUUUAUAUGAAUGUCUUUAUUGGUUUGUUUAAGCAACUCAGACAUGUACAGUACACCCUAGAAACAGGAAUAACAGAAUAUAGCCUAAUACCAUGGAUACUUCACUGUCUAUACUGCUGUGUGAAUGCUGCCACCUGCAGUGGAUGUGGCUUCUCUAGAUCUGCUCCAGUUACUCUGGUUUUCAGACUUGCAGGUUGUAUUUCUGUUGCUUCAAGCUGCAGCUCUACUCCACCUUGCAGGUUGUGAACAGGCAGCUACAGUAGGCUUUUUGUCCUGGUGCAGAAGUAUAACAUUAUCUCCUAAGUCAGUAACCUUCAUAUUCUCUAACAUAGAGAGAUACAGUAUACUACUGCACUGUGAGGACAUUGGAGGGAAGAGAACCUUAUUUGCUCUCUCUCCUGUACCGACAUUAGAGAGAGGGGUGAUUAUUUUGACAUGGAUGGUCACAUGACCUGACAAAGUGGCUCUAUCAGGUUCGCACCCCUGCCAGCUGGUCCAAUACAGCGGAGACCCAGGUUGCGUCCCAAAUGGCGCCCUAUUCUCUAUAUAGUAAACUACUUUUGACCAGAGCCUAUGAGGAAAUCCUCGAGCUGCACAUGCAGACAGGCCCAGUUAACUGCCAAUAACCCACUUUCACUAUUGGUUGUGUCACGAGGACACUGCUGAUGCAAGUAACAGGUUGAACUUUCUCUUCCUAUGUGUGCAGUCUGUUAGACUUAGUGUGGGUAUGUGGCAGUGACAUCAUUCAGUGUGUAAGAUCUCGCCCUCCUCCAUCUCUUUUGACUUAAUUUCACUUAAUCUUUGUUUUAGCAAUUAGGAGCGUCUGAUUUCGGUCAGUUUCUGUUUUUAUUAACGCUAAAGACAUGCCAUAAAGGUCUGGAAGGAGAGCAAAUGGAAAAGAAGGGAGAUAUGUGGCGGUGCUCUCUAGGGUGCAAAAUCUCUCAAUUUCUUUCUCUUUCUUGCAUUUUCUUUCUCUCUUGCUCUCUCUUUCCAACCCCUCAGUGAGAAAGGCCUGAAGAUUGUUUGAUCCAUUCUACCUUAGCCUUACAGGCUAACCAAAGUGGACUGUUUUGGGGUUAUAGUUUAACUUUAUUUAGUGUUCGAAAUGUGCUGUCUACGUGUUAUUGCGGCAAUUAUUAAGGUAAUCGACAGUUCACUGGCACCCUCCAACAGCAUAACUCUCUAAAUUAUGAUUAGCUUUUGUAACAGGUGGGCAAACCCAGCAAUAGUACACAUUUUUGCUCUUAGGGACAAUGUUCCUCUCACCAAUGAUACAGAAUGGCUAUUCACUAAAGAAACACUAGCUGCGUCUGAAAUGGCACCCUGUAUACCCUUUAUUGUGCACUACUUUAGACCAGAACCCUGUGGGCCCUGGUCAAAAGUAGUGUACUAUAUAGUGAAUAGGAUGCCAUUUCAGACGCAGCUAGUGUGUAAAGUUGGACCAAGUCUUCAAAUGAUAAAACGACCCAUGUGGGGUUUGGGGCUGGAUAAUGCUUGCAUAUUUUCCCAGUGGUACAGACCAGUGCUGAUAGAUAAAGUCAAGGGAGAUAGAGAUGUCCUCUCCCCAUCUCGCAGCCAAAAGAUCCCUGUUCCCACAUACUUUACUGUGGUGAUUGUAGUGAAAACAGCAUUCCUUCAUAGUAAUUGGGAUUGGAGGAGUUGCCAUGUGUCUGGGAUUUGUAUGCUCUUACUUCAGCCAAACAGCAGCAUGCAGUCUAAUGUUUAUCAGGAGCAGCACACGCAGUGCAAGGACAGCCAGAUAACCAGUAGAAUUUAUUUGGGUGUUGCACACGCACAAACACUUAUUUAUUCUCUCUCUCUCUCUCUCUCUCUCUCUCUCUCUCUCUCUCUCUCUCUCUCUCUCUCUCUCUCUCUCUCUCUCUCUCUCUCUCUCUCUCUCUCUCUCUCUCUCUCUCUCUCUCUCUCUCUCUCUCACACACACACAAACAAACAAAUACACGCUCCAACAUUAUCUACUGCUUUUUGAUAUUCACAAAGUGAAUUGGCAAGACACCAACUAAUCAAAUUCCCAAAUUAAAGACUACACGACUGAAAGAUAUACUGAUGUUCAAUGUUCCCUUUGUUUGUUUUUAUGUCUUGUCUAGUGGUUGUCUCAGUAGAGAUGACUAUCAAACACAAACAGGCACACAACACACCACUGACUGCCCGUGUGAAGUCAAGUCUUAACACGACCAUAGUAGAUGGAUGGCACUGCAGAAUGUGCUGAUUGUUCACAGUAGAAUUUAGGCUCUAGGGAAAUAGUUUACAUAUGGUUGAAAAAUUAAUGUACAUGUAACAUUGUAAUUAAUGGAUUAGAGAAUGAAUUGGGGAAGAACACAGGAAUACAAAUGUAUCAGUUACUUUGAAAACUGUCUCUUGGAAUAAUUAUACUUAGCUACAUAGUACCGAAAGGAACAUCAUUUUUGUCUGUUUCACAUAUUAUUUCCAAAGUGAAAUUGUCAAGUCUCUCAGUAAUGAUACAUUCCUUCACAUAGUCUGGACUGAGAUAUGAGGUUAAUGUUUCACUGUACUCACUGAUGUUCAACAGACCAAACUCUUACAGUGUAGGAGAUGUCCAUGUUAAUAUGUAAUAUAUUAGAUGAGAAAGUUCACCUUUCUGGUGUUUGUAGCCUUUUGUUUGUCAGUGUAAUUGGAGGGAAAUGUCAGUUUCCCAAGUCGAGCAAAGUUAUCAUCUUCGUUGGGUUAGUACAGUUUAGGCUCAUAUGAAAGCAAACAACGGCCGGGGUUCAAUCCAAAACUGUGCUAUAGCGCGCUUGACAUUUAAAGGUAAUUGAGCCAACAUCUGCAGCAUUUACCGCGAUCAAAUUAAAUCCCGGUCAAAGUUCUUAUCUUGUGUUUUAGACCCUCAGAGUGAACUGUACCCAUUUGUAAUAGAUACUUUUUUUUCUUAUUUUUAACCCUUAUUUUACCAGGUAAGUUGACUGAGAACACAUUCUCAUUUACAGCAACGACCUGGUGAAUAGUUACAGGGGAGAGGAGAUGAAUGAGCCAAUUGGAAGCUGGGGAUGAUUAGGUGGCCAUGAUGGUAUGAGGGCCAGAAUGGUAAUUUAGCCAGGACACCAGAGGUAACACUCCUACUCUUACUCUUACAGUAAGUGCCAUAGGAUCUUUAGUGAACACAGAAAGUCAGGACACCCGUUUAACGUCCCAUCCAAAAGAUGGCUCCCUACACAGGGCAAUGUCCCCAAUCACUGCCCUGGGGCAUUUUUUUUAGACCAGAGGAAAGAGUGCCUCCUACUGGCCCUCCAACACCACUUCCAGCAGCAUCUGUUCUCCCAUCCAGGGACUGACCAGGACCAACCCUGCUUACCUUCAGAGGCAAUCCAGCAGUGGCAUGUAGGCUAGUAUGCUGCUGGCGUGAAGUAAAGUGCUGCAGUAAAGAGUGAACGUAUUUGAUGACACAUGAGUAACCUAAACUAACUAACUAUUGACUGCCUCAAAUAACCAUAUCCCUUUGUAAACUAUCAAUCCCCUAUCUCUUUGUGUCUCCGCCCCAGGGGUCUCGUCACUGAGCAUGCUGAAGCUGAGGCGUCUGUGUAAGUUCUGUGACGUGGAAUCUACCAGCUGUACGGGCACAGAGAGCUGUAUGACCGACUGUAGGAUCACAUCCAUCUGCCCCCAUCCAGAUGACGUGUGUGUCAGCAUCUGGUGAGUGACUACAGUACCCCUCAUCAUCUCUCAUUGGGAGUUGGAAUGACCUUUAAACUUGACCUUAGGAGAGCAUGCUGGGCAGUGGGGACAGUGACACACUACGACCAUGUUAGUGAGUGACAGAGCAGAAAUUAAUAAUCUUGCUUGGUUGAUUUGUCGUUUAAAAACUAAAUUUGCCGUCAACAAGGUUUAGCUAAGUAGCCAAACCCAAGAGUGCCCCACCCACUAACCCAACCAAAUAUAGUUGCGAAAUUUGAAUGUUAAAAAAGUGGAGAACUAGAUUUGGUCUCCUGUUCAAAGCUGAAGGCAAUGCCACUGUUUCUCAUUACAUUUACAGCAGUAGGAGCUGAAGUCAGCAGAACUCCUAAUGCCAUGUUCACAGCAACACCUCUUAAAAUGGGUUUCACUACAUAAUCUCCACACCACCAGCAGGAGACCUGAGUGCCCAUUUGUAGGUCCAUUUGUGCACCUUCAGGAUUAUUCACUGCACAUGUACGGUAGUAUUUUGUAACUGGGGGAUAUAUUCAGUACAACCUAACCUGACCUCUGUAUCAAAUCAUUACGAUAAUGCUUAGACUACAAUUUGUUAAUUUGUCAAGUUAUUUUCCCUUUUAUUACUGUAGCUUACAUUUUCGAUCUGUUUCAUAAAACUGAAUUGGAGUGGAACUAAUGGCUCCUGUUUUCUUGUUUCUAGGAGGAUGAAAGAUGACAAUGUCACCAUAGACACGAUAUGCCACAACCCAGCCCAUAAGCUGCAUGGUCUGAUGCUGGAGGACUAUAACAACAGCAAGUGUGAGAUGAGGGAGAGGAAUGGCAUGGGCUCCCAGUUCUUCAUCUGCUCCUGCUCCGAGGACGAGUGCAACAACCACGUGUUCUUCACCCCCUGUAAGUCCCUAUGUAUUGCUAUGCCACCUGUUAUGUCAUGCUGAAGAUAGUCUUUUGUAGGCAUUAUUAUUGGUCAUACAAGUGCAAUGACCAUGUCUUCUUCACCUUCUGUGAGUCCCUAUGUCACCAGUUAUAUAAUCGCUAAGAUUGUGUUAUGUAGGCUAGGCAUUACAAUUGAUGAUAUAGUUUACUAACACUUUUGACGUAACUCAAAAGUAAUGAACGCUUAAGCAAUUCCUUAUUAGGUUGUCAAGUAAGACGCUAACAUGUGUGUACUGUUAUACACCCUCCAUAUACAAGAUUGCAAACAGGUUUUGCAUUGCGGAGGCAUUUUGGCUGUAGUCUCUCAUUCUAAUCUUGGCCCUGGAAUCAAAUGUAUUUUGACUACAGCAUCCAAGCAGUAAUAACACAGAGGUACAUUUUCAAGAACUGGCUUUCCAGAGCCCAAAAUUGAAAGCAUCUGCACAUCGCGAACAACGACGUCAUGGAAAAACAUUUCACCUCACCGUGGAGGAUGGAUAGCUCCGCUGUACACCAUCUAACUUCAUGCUCACCACAUAACAUAUGACAACACUACUCACUUGAAGCAUUAUGUACGUAACAAACAGAAAUAAAAGGUGAAAACAGCGUAUGCGUGUUUAAUACAAUGUUCUUGAACCCGGCCCCAAGGGGGGGUAGGAACUACAAAACUUUCCUCUGUGGGCCAUAUUCACUGAGAGAUGGCAGAGCCACAGGGACAGGUUUGUUAUGACGGAUCGCUUCUCUCUCUCACUCUGCGAAAACAAAAACAAACUCCACUGAGGGCACGUUGAAGAUUUCAGACGUGGUUUCCUGACUGAAAAAAAGGAGCGAGCGAGUAAGCGCUUGACGGGCACUUUCUGUAUUGUAUGCACACACACGUUCAUAGACACACAAAUACACAAACACGCACACACACACACACACACACAAAUGCAUGCACGUACGCAGACACACAUGCAGGCACACACACACAAUCCUCCACUGCCAAACAUGUUCCUAAUACAGUAUCUCUGUCUGUAUUUAUAGAACACCAGCAGCCACCCCAGCAGUCAUAGUCUGCCUGUUCAGACAGCAUGUUAAUGACUCAUUUACAACCCUUCAAAUCCUAACUGAUCUGGGAUCUGGGAUUUUGCGUGACAUGUUGUGUUUUAUUAUGUUUUUACGAGACUUCUGCCAUCCCCAGAAAUAGGAUUGUAAACAUAGCAUAUGCAUAAACCUUCCCCAGAUUACUCGGACUAGCAGACACAGACAUCACUCCUUAAGAGCAUAAGAAUCAGACAUAGACUAGGUCUAUAAAGGAAACACAAUAUGUGGUUGACUGGGGCAUGGUUCAGCCUUGGUGUGUUUAACAGGCCAACAAGCUAACUUCAGCUUCGUAGCUUUCAGAUGCUUAUUGACAUUCCUCAUGGAAGUGUGAGGUUCCUCUGCUUUACUGGAAAAGAGCAGGGUACGUUGCGCAUAGCAAGAUGCUCUGAGACAAUAUAGCUACUUGGCUACUUCCUAUUGAUUUCCUAGUGCAGAAGGAGUUGGAAUGUAAUGUACUGUAUAGUAUGUAUGACAUUCAAGCACAACUGAAAUGUCAAAUGUCAAAGUAUAAGCUACUGCACUCGUCAUGUAUCCCACUUAGUCCUUUGUGGUCAUUGUUUUCUAUGCAGUGUGACCCUUGUGGUCGGUCCAGCUACUCAUAGCGAGUGAAAAGGCUAUUGUGAAAAUAUACUCAAGUUUUAGAGUAGAGUAUGAGAACUGAGGAGUUCUAAUAUUGUAGAGGUGUAUAAUUGUAUAAGUAUUGUAGAAUAUACCUAACUGGGGGGCAGGUCUAAUCUAUGGUACAGAAUAGGUACACUACUGGUCAAAAGUUUUAGAACAUCUACUCAUUCAAGGGUUUUUCUUUAUUUUUACUAUUUUCUACAUUGUAGAAUAAUAGUGAAGACAUCAAAACUAUGAAAUAACACAUAUGGAAUCAUGUAGUAUCCAAAAAGUGUUAAACAAAUGAAAAUAUAUUUGUUCUUGCCAUAAUAUGGACUUGGUCUUUUACCAAAUAGGGCUAUCUUCUGUAUACCCCCCCUACCUUGUCACAAAUUAACUUUUAAGAAGGCACACCUGUUAAUUGAAAUGCAUUCCAGGUGACUACCUCAUGAAGCUGGUUGAGAGAAUGCCAAGAGUAUGCAAAGCUGUCAUCAAGGCAAAGGGUGGCUAUUUGAAGAAUCUCGAAUAUAAAAUAUAUUUUGAUUUGUUUAAAACUUUUCUGGUUACUACAUGAUUCCAUAUGUGUUAUUUCAUAGUUUUGAUGUCUUCACUAUUAUUCUACAAUGUAGAAAAUAGUAAAAAUAAAGAAAAACCCUUGAAUGAGUAGGUGUUCUAAAACUUUGACCGGUAGUGUAUAUUCUACAAUAUUUUUACCAAGUAUGCAAGGUAUUGUAUAACUAAUCUAUAACAUCUACCUUGUCUCUCUUUUUCUCUCUUGUCUUUCCUCUCCACCCCAGACUCUCUUGACUCCCAGGUGGUGUCGGUGAUCCUGGUCAGCCUGGUUCCUCUGCUGGUUCUGGCCGUCCUGGUCAUCACAUCCUUCUAUUGGUACCGCAUCUACCACCAGCGGCGCGCCGGCGCCAAGCGCAAGAAGACACCUCUUGACUUCAGCGUCAACCGCGCCAUCAUGAUGGACGACGACGGCUCGGACAGCAGCUCCACGCACGCCAACAACCUCAACCACAAUACGGAGCUCCUCCCCAUCAAGCUGGACGCCCAGGUGGGCAAGGGCCGCUUCGCAGAGGUCUACAAGGCCAAGCUGAAGCAGGGCGCCACGGGGGCCGGCGAGCCUUUCGAGACCGUCGCCGUCAAGAUUUUUGCAGAUGAAGAGUAUGCCUCGUGGAAGAACGAGAAGGACAUCUUCUCGGACGCCGACCUGCGCCACGAGAACGUCCUGCACUUCCUGACCGCGGAGGAACGUAAGGUGGAGAAACAGUAUUGGCUGAUCACGGCCUACCACCCCCGGGGCAACCUCCAGGAGUACCUGACGCGCCACGUCAUCAGCUGGGACGACCUGUGGGUGCUGGGCGGGUCUCUGGCGAGGGGCGUGGCCCACCUGCACAGUGACCACACGCUGUGCGGACGCUACAAGGUGCCCAUCGUCCACCGGGACAUCAAGAGCUCCAACAUCCUGGUGAAGGGGGACCUCACUUGCGUCCUGUGUGACUUCGGCCUGGGUCUGCGUCUGGACAACUCGCUGUCUGUGGACGAGCUGGCCAACAGUGGACAGGUACAGAUUAUUCACUCCUGUCUCUCCUUUCUACUUAGGCUGCAUCCAAAAUGGUACCAUAUUCUCUAUGAUUAGGGCACUAUGUAGGAAUAGGGUGCCAUUUUAUUUGACCAAUGCUCAUAGGGCCCUGGUGAAAAGUAGUGCACUAUUUUGGGAAUAGGGUGCCAUUUCAAACACACUAGUGUCUGGCUCACUUUCUUUUACGAGCUCCUCUUCUGGACAACAGAUGAAUGAUAUCCAUAGAGCAAGUGCUGCUAGGCCUUUUGUUUUAUUACAGGAAUUAGACAAACAGCCCAGGCUGUCAGUUAAAACUGCAGUUGAAUUGUACUGUUACAUGGUACUGGAAGCAUUCAUGCAUGUUCUACUAUCAAUAGCAUUAGAAUGGAGUAGAAUAGAACAGAAUACAAUACAAUACAAUAGAACAGAAUAAAACAGAAUAGAACAGAAUAGAAAAUAACAGAAUAGAAUAGAACAGUUUUGAUAAUGAUAAUCUUGUCCUUGUUGGUCUCACUCUACAGGUGGGCACUGCCAGGUACAUGGCCCCUGAGGUGCUGGAGUCCAGGAUCAACCUGGAGAACAUUGAGUCGUUCAAGCAGACAGACGUCUACUCAAUGGCCCUGGUACUGUGGGAGAUCACCUCCAGGUGCAAUGCCAUUGGAGGUAAAGUAACACCACAUUAAUUCUGACCAAUCACGUGACUGUGCUGCAUUAGACAGUAGCGAAUUUACAGGCAGGAGAGCAAUAUUUUGAUUUUAAGUAGUGACCUUGUGUAAGUGAUAUAGAGGGAUAGGUGUACUUCUCUGUAAAGGUUCCCUUAAGCUUGUUUGUAAACAAAGUAAAUGUAAACAAACACUAUAUAGCCUAAAAACAUGGUUACAACCAUAAUUAUGAUAUCAUGGAUAGUCAGUCCUUGCAUCUAUAGCUCUUUCUAUGAAUUUGGGAGUGGUUACAUUUCUCCAGUCCCAUCCCUCAGCUUUUUACUGAAACAGGGGUAGGUAGUACCGCUUUAAGGUGUUUAUAGUGUAUUGGCCACCUAUUAUGCAUAUGGGAAUAAAGGGGGUGAGUCUCGAUUUUCCACCUUUCUCCCGAAGUGUGCACUUUCACACAGCCAGUGUCUCACAUCUCCAUUACUUACUGUGGUGUGGGAACCAUUUCAGAGAAACCAAAACGUGUCAAAAACACAAUUCUCAAAGAACAACAGCCUUCCCUUCACUAAUGUACCAUUCUUCCUGUUUGUCAUCUCUCUGAACAACAAGGCCAGGAUAUGGGCAAAUAAUACAAAUGGGUGAUUAUCCAAUGGGCAUCCUACGGCAAGCCACAGGGCCAUAUUUUAUGUGACAGGGAGGAAUUUAUUUUUCACUUCUCUCUGUGUCUCUGUGGUCCAUUUUGUCUUGUGGGUGAUCCUGUUUGACCAUUGUGUCAGAACGUUGAUUGAAUGUUAGUGUUGGUGCUCGCCUGCUUCCAGCGCGGCCAUUUCCUGUUUUCCCUUUGGUAACUAGUGGCCCCUUAAACGCUGUCACCUCGGUAGCGCUGCCACAGAGCCCUUUGAAGGAAAAAUGGCCAAAUGAUCAGCCUGUUAGACCCUCUCACUUUUUCCUCCAUCGGCAGGGGGUGAAGAAUACUAUAUGUGUGCCCAUUGGGUACACCUCUGAAAUGAAAAUAGUUAAUUUCCCCUCUCUCUUGCUUUCUCUCUCCUCGUCACUCACUCACUCACUCACUCACUCACUCACUCACUCACUCACUCACUCAGUCUGUCUGUUUGUCUCUCUCUCUCUCUCUCUCUCUCUCUCUCUCUCUCUCUGUCUGUCUGUUUGUCUCUCUCUCUCUUUAUCACCCUCUCGCUCGCUCUCUGUCUGUCUCCCUCUCUCCCUUCCUCUCUCUCUCUCAGCAGUCUCUUGUGCUGAGGCCUAUACUCUACAGUAAUAAUUUACUCUUCCCCCACGUCAUGACAUUACGUUCAUCCACCAUCCACGACUAUUCCCGCUGGCACUGUAGACAGACAGUGGUGAGAGGCCAGGAUAGCAUGGAUUUACGGGAGAGGGGAAGCGGGGCGCCUUCCUACUCCUGGAUGGGAAUAGGACCGGUGAGGAGAGAAGCAGCUGGGAUAAUCCAUGUUUUGGUUUAGUCUGGUCUCUCCCAGGCAGUACCACUCGUCUUCCCAUAGACUGGCAUCUGUUCCGAUAACAGUGGAGGGGUGAAAUGUCUAGUGCGUUAGGAAGGCCCAAGGAGACUUUCCCAUAUUGAAAAGUUAAAUCGCUGUUGGAAUUGACCUAUUCUCCCACCUUGGUACAGCAAGAAGCUGCCUUAUUUUGUGUAAUAACGUUGCUGCGCUGACAGUUUGUUUGGAUAUUCCCUUGGGGGUAAAAUGUUUGUAGAGUUAGAAUGACUAACUCAACAAAUGCUACUAUCUAUGUCAGUGAAACUGGCACUCACAUAACUACAGUACAUGCAUUUUUACCACUUCCCAUGCUAUCAUCCCAGCUCGGUGAGUCAAUAUUGAUGGCAUAAAACUCCUCUCAAAUUAGAAAACACACACUCUUCCCUCUUCCCCAAACACAGACUGACACAUCUCAGUGCAUCAUUAUAAUGAGUGGGUAGGUGAAGCCGCCAAGGCUUCCCUGUCUGUCUGUUUGUCUGUCUGUCUCAGCCGCCACCUGCCACAGUGCCUCAGCAGACAGAUGUCAGAACAGCUCCCGUUGUCUCGCUGCCUUGCCUGGCAGACCGCCACAUAACACAGGCAGUCAGUCAGUUCAUAGCCACUUUGUCACAGUUUCGGGGCCUUUCGUAUGAUCUGGGAUCUGUCACAUGGUACGAACGCGCCUGUCUGUCAACAGGGUCAGUCGCGACCUCAGAGAAAGCAGCAGCAGCCAUCACAAUGCACACUUUAUCCUCUAAGUAAAAAUAAGGACAAGUAAAAAGAAACAACUGUGGGAGAAAGUAAUAAAUACAUCGUCCCGGGGCCGUCUCUUUUCCCGAAAUGUCUUUCCCAUAUAAUUUGCACGGCUGGAAUUAGGGGCGGGAAAGACGGGAGGGCGUUCCAUGGCGGGUUUAGAGAGGAAUGGGAGAACAGUGGUGUUGACCGUCCCACUGUAGGAGAAAUUCCUUCACUCCCCUGAGGGAGAAGACAGGGUUAGGGUAUAGUGGAGGAAGGCAGCUGCUAUCCAGAUGUCAUGGCCUCACCUCAAGCCUGAAUGGGCCCCAUGCUGUCUGUCUUGUCUGUUUGUCUGUAUGGCUAGCUGUCUGACAAGCUGUCUGGCAAGCUGUCUGGCUAGCUGUCUGGCAAGCUGUUUGGCAAGCUGUCUGUCUGUCUUUUCUGUCUGUCUGUACCCUUACAGAAAAACCACAUGAUUUCACAUGUGGAAAAUCACAUGAUUUCACAUGAAAUUUCACAUGUUUUUGUAACACUUCACAUGUGAUCACAAGUUUUCACGUGUAGUUUCAUGUUAUCCCAUGUUGCUUUACAUGUUACCACAUUAGUUUCACAUAAGAUCACGUGAUCACAUGAAAACAUGUGAUUUUGGAACACUACAUGUGUUCACAUGAAAUUAAUGUGUUUCUUUCGUAAGGGUAUGUCUUCCUGUCUGGCUGGCUGUCUGGAUGGCUGUCUGUGUCUGGCUUCCUGGCUAGUUUGCAGCCUGUCUGUCUGGCUGUCUGUCUGUCACCCAGGGCUUUAACAACCUGUGAGGAAUAUAAAACAAGGUCAGAGCCAUCGCCACAAACUCUCAGCUUAAUCAAAACCAUCAGAGGAGAGGAGUAGAAUAAAAAAGUGUAUCGUUCUCCAAGAUGGAGGGAGAGAGUGUCAAGCUGUGACUCUUGUCAAGACUACAGAUUCCUGUUACUUUUUUGGCUUCGGAUCAGAAGCAGACUUUUGUUAGCUCUAUGAGGAUCUGUUUUCUUGAAUUAUUAUACUACUAUACUGUAGAUAGUGUACUAGAAAAGAACCAAUACAAAGUACUGUAUGAUGAAGACAGAGAAUAACACAUUCCUAUGUGCAUGAGGGGUACUGUAUGUCUGUGGGUUUACAUUCGUCAUUAUGUUUUCCCCCUUUUCAUUAUCGUAUUGUAUUGUUAGGUGUUACUGCACUGUUGGAGCUAGAAACAUAAGCAUUUCGCUACACCCGCGAUAACAUGUGCAAAAUAUGUGUACGCGACUAAUAAAAUUUGAUUUGUUUUUGAUUUCAACUUUAAUGUCAACUGGCACGUAGUGGUUCAGAUAUACUCAGGUGGUGGCAUGCUUGCGCAAACACAGGGUACAGUUUGAACAGCACUGUAACUUAAACAGGUCAGACUUUGAACCAGGAAACCAGACUGAGACCUGAUGGUUAAUAGCAUGAGGGAGAGAGAGGCGGUGUGGUGGUGAGAUCCAAAAAAGACAACAGGCUGGCCAUGUAGUCUAAACCUAUGGAAACAUGUCUGAGCUGCCAAAAAUGUACUGUGUUAACAUUACAAACCACCAAGAGGAAGUCGAUGGAGAACUACAGAGCGGAAAUGUUGAGAAUUUUUUUUGAUUCACUUGUUCAAAUCAAAUCAAAUUGUAUUUGUCACAUGUGCCGAAUACCGUGAAAUGCUUACUUACAAGCACUUAACCAACAUUGCAGUUAAGAAAAAUAAGAGUUUAGAAAAUAUUUACUUAAUAAACUAAAGUUUAAAAAAAUAACACAAUAAAAUAAAGAUAACAAGGCUGUAAACAGGCGUUACCGGUACUGAGUCAAUGUGCGGGGGUACAGAUGAACUAUUCACCAGUCUUAUGGCUGGGGGAUAGAAGCUGUUAAGGAGCCUUUUGGACCUAGACUUGGCACUCCGGUAACGCUUGCCGUGCAGUAGCAGAGAGAACAGUCUAUGACUAGGGUGGCUGGAGUCUUUGACCAUUUUUAGGGCCUUCCUCUGACACGCACUACCCUCUGUAGCGCCUUGCGGUCGGAUGCAGAGAAGUUGCCAUACCAGGCAGUGAUGCAACCAGUCAGAAUGCUCUCAAUGGUGUAGUUGUAUAACUUCUUGAGGAUCUGAAGACCCAUGCCAAAUAUUUUCAGUCUCCUGAGGGGGAACAGGUGUUGUCGUGCCCUCUUCACGACUGUCUUGGUGUGUUUGGACCAUGAUAGUUUGUUGGUGAUGUGGACACCUUAGGAACUUGAUGCUCGCAACCCGCUCCACUACAGCCCUGUCGAUGUGAAUGGGGGCGUGCUCGGCCCUCCUUUUCCUGUAGUCCACCAACAGCUCCUUUCUCUUGAUCACGUUGAGGGAGAGAUUGUUGUCCUGGCACCACACUGCCAGGUCUCUGACCUCCUCCCUAUAGGCUGUCUCAUCGUUGACGGUGAUCAGGCAUACCACCGUUGUGUCGUCAGCAAACUUAAUGAUGGUGUUGGAAUCGUGCUUGGUCACGUAGUCGUGGGUGAACAGGGAAUACAGGAGGAGACUAAGUACGCACCCCUGAGGGGCCCCCGUGUUGAGGAUCAGCGUGGCAGAUGUGUUGUUACCUACCCUUACACCUGGGGGGCGGCCCGUCAUGAAUUCCAGGAUCCAGUUGUAGAGGGAGGUGUUUAGUCCCAGGGUCCUUAGCUUAGUGAUGAGCUUUGAGGGCACAAUGGUGUUGAACGCUGAGCUGUAGUCAAUGAACAGCAUUCUCACGUAGGUGUUCUUUUUGUCCAGGUGGGAAAGGGCAGUGUUGAGUGCAAUAGAGAUCAUCAUCUGUGGAUCUGUUGGGGCGGUAUGCGAAUUGGAGUGGGUCUAGGGUUUCUGGGAUGAUGGUGUUGAUGUGAGCCAUGACCAGCCUUUCAAAGCACUUCAUGGCUACAUACGUGAGUGCUACGGGUCGGUAGUCAUUUAGACAGGUUACCUUGGCGUUCUUGGGCACAGGGACUAUGUUGGUCUGCUUGAAACAUGUAGGUAUUACAGACUCGGUCAGGGACAGGUUGAAAAUGUCAGUGAAGACACUUACCAGUUGGUCAGCGCAUGCUCUGAGUACACGUCCUGGUAAUCCGGCCUUGUGAAUGUUGACCUGUUUAAAGGUCUUACUCACAUCGGCUACAGAGAGCGUGAUCACACAGUCGUCCGGAACAGCUGGUGCUCUCAUGCAUGCUUCAGUGUUGCUUGCCUCAAAGCGUGCAUAGAAGUCAUUUAGCUUGUCUGGUAGGCUCGUGUCACUGGGUAGCUCGCGGCUGGGCUUCCCUUUGUAAUCCGUAAUAGUUUGCAAGCCCUGCCACUUCUGACGAGCGUCAGAGCCGGUGUAGUAUGAUUCAAUCUUAGUCCUGUAUUGACGCUUUGCCUGUUUGAUGGUUCGUCGGAGGGCAUAGCGGGAUUUCUUAUAAGCGUCCGGAUUAGUGUCCUGCUCCUUGAAAGCGGCAGCUCGACCCUUUAGCUCAGUGCAGAUGUUGCCUGUAAUCCAUGGCUUCUGGUUGGGAUAUGUACGUAUGGUCACUGUGGGGACAACUUCAUCGAUGCACUUAUUGAUGAAGCCAGUGACUGAUGUGGCGUACUCCUCAAUGCCAGUCUGUGCUACAUAUUCCAGUCUGUGCUACUUCCGUAUUGAGCGAGUCACUGGUACUUCCUGCUUUUGUUUUUGCUUGUAAGCAGGAAUUAGGAGGAUAUAAUUAUGGUCAGAUUUGCCAAAUAGAGGGCGAGGAAGAGCUUUGUACGCGUCUCUUUGUGUGGAGUAAAGGUGGUCUAGAGUUUUUUGUUGUUGAGACCAUUUCAGACUUUUCUCAUGUCAUAUGACAACUCACACUGAGUGAAAAGGACCACCUCUCUGAUGUAUGAUGUAUCUCAAUGUGUCAAUAUAUCAGUUAUCAUAAAAGGUGAUUUCUUCAUUAACAGUUCUAAAACAGGUAUGUGGGUCAAUAGGAAAGUGAUAUGUGCUUUAGAAAUACUUCAUAACGUCAUUAAUUUACCUUAACUGAACAGGUCAUCCUUACUUAACUCACUUGCUUUGCAUGAGCAGUUCUCAGUAAUAUACCCAGUCAGUGUUAAACCUUUUUUCUCAAACCACUAGCUAUAUUCUCUGUCUUGUUGUUGUCUCAUCCAUUGCAGAAUUUAAUGUUAGGUUGGUUGGCCUGAAAAUACCAGUUUCUCUCUUAAACCAAUAUUGACCAUUCCUUCCUUUUUAGCAAACACUGCUUGUGUGGAGACCAGCAAUUCAUAUGGCAUAUUUUGGGAGCUAUUGUUUUCGAAUAAGACGAUAAACAAAAUUGCACCAAAAAAAAUGCAAUUGGCUCCCAUUACACUACCCCGAAACUAUUUACAUUUUAGUUAUUUAGCAGAUGCUCUUAUCCAGCAAACUUACAGUAGUGAUUGCAUACAUUUUCAAACUUCUCCCCCGUGGGAAUCAAACCCUCUACCCUGGCAUUGCAUGCGCCAUGCUCUACCAACUGAGCUACAUGGGACACUAGAAAAAAAGGAAGAACCACUAUUCCUUUACUCACUUGAAUAAUGACAGAUGAGUGGGCGGGUGGGUGUAUUUUUGCUAAAACACUGAAAUAAGGGACAUCUUCUUGUCAAAAACAGGAAGCUCAUGCCUGUAGAGUCAGCUGUUGGCUCACGCCGUGACCUAGCAUCCGAUUCCUGUCUGUGUGCAUAUGGACUUGCUGUGAGGCCUCUCUUCUGGGCAGGGACUGCCCGUUUCUCAUCUGUCAGCCGGAAUUCAGUUGGACAGUAUUACAGUACUGUACAGGGAAAUAGCUGAUCAGCUUUAAAGGUCCAAUGCAGGCAUUUUUUAUCUCAAUAUCAAAUCAUUUCUGGGUAACAAUUAAAUACCUUACUGUGAUUGUUUUCAAUUAAAAUGGUCAAACAGAAACAAAAAUUGCUUCUUAGCAAAGAGCAAUUUCUCAAGCAAGAAUUUAGCUAGGACUGUCUGGGAGUCAUCUGAGUGAGGUGGGGAAAACAGAACAUUUGCUGUUAUUGGAGAGAUUUGGAACUCUCUUUCUUAUUGGUCUAUUAACUCAUUUACCGCCUGGUGAUGUCAAAACUGGCUGGCCAAAACUCCAUCCCAUCAAAAGGCUGAAAUUUCAAGCAGUCUUUUCAAGCAGCUCUUACACAAUUUCCCUGUGUUAUUCCAACCUCAUAGUGUGGAAAUAUACAUAAAACACAGGAAAAUAACAUUUCUCACUGCACUGGGCCUUUUGACUUCACUUACUUAACAGGUCAACUCAUCGUUGUUUUGAUUGAUUGUGUUGUGAGAUGGUAAAGGUUUUCAUUAUGAUCCAUAUACUAUUUCCAUGUCUUCAUUCUAUUCACGAUGGCAGGACUAAACGAAUGCAAAAGUGAAACAAUAGUUUCAGUACAGGAAUUCAUUGCGGAUGUAUUUCUUAAUGCCACAGUGCCAUUGCCCCCGAAUAACCCUGUUGUUUUCAGUUGGCUCUGUCUCAUGCCUAUUCCAUGUUAUUGUACAAUAAUGUUUUUGCAAUAUGGAGCUAUUGAGGAUAAUUGACUUACUGGCAUACAAUUUUUUUGGCGUCGGAAAUCUCCUUGGUUCUUACACAGAAUUUGUCAGAGUACUUUAGGUACCCCAUUUGGCCUUUCUGAAACAAAUGUUUUUAUACAAGAGCUCCGCUCUUCAACGUGAACUUGAGUUUGAUUUGUUGCUCUACCCAAAGGACAGAUCAGAUCAAUGUAAAGAUAAAUAAUUCUCUGCAAACCGUUGACCAAGGUUUCCAGACUGCAUCAUCCCAAGCCAACUCUUUGAAAUUCUGCCUUGAGUAAACAUUAUUUCUGCAUGGGGUUUAACAAGCAUCUUGGAUGCUGCGUUAUAAGAUAGCUGACACUGAGCCAACGCUGAGUUGGUGAGUUAUUUCAAGCACAUUCUCACUGAGACCUAAUGCAAUAAUAUUGACUGUUUCUCUCAGGCAGGUUUUCCCUGGCCCCUGAUCCUAUGAACCUAAAACAUACACUACCGGACAAAAGUUUUAGAACACCUACUCAUUCAAGGGUUUUUCUUUAUUUUUACUAUUUUCUACAUUGUAGAAUAAUAGUGAAGACAUCAAAACUAUGAAAUAACACAUAUGAAAUCAUGUAGUAACCAAAAAAGUGUUAAACAAAUCAAAAUAUAUUUUAUAUUUGAGAUUCUUCAAAAAAAUGUAUUUGUUCUAUUUUUUUAUUUAACCUUUAUUUAACCAGGUAAGCCAGUUGAGAAAAAGUUCUCAUUUACAACUGCGACCUGGCCAAGAUAAAGCAAAGCAGUGCGAUAAAAACAACAACGACACAGAGUUACAUAUGGAAUAAACAAAACGUACAGUCAAUAACACAAUAGAAAAUCUAUAUACAGUGAAUGCAAAUGUAGUAAGUUAUGGAGGUAAGGCAAUAAAUAGGCCAUAGUGCAAAAUAAUUACUAUAUUAACCUAUAACAUAUAUUUUGUCUUCUGUAUCUCUCUGGCUCCUGUUUUAAAUGUUCGGCUCUGUGUGUGUUUGUGAACAGAGGUAAAGGAUUACGAGCCCCCCUUCGGUAAGGUGAGGGAGCACCCGUGUGUGGAGAGUAUGAAGGACAGUGUUCUCAGAGACAGGGGACGACCAGAGAUCCCCAGCAGCUGGAUCAACCACCCAGUAAGUAACAAGCCCUGCCUUCAUUAUAUUCUUACGCACACAUAGGCCUAUAUACACACACACAAACACACACACACACACACACACACACACACACACACACACACACACACACACACACACACACACUGCAGGUGCAUAAUGCACACAUGCUCAGAAGAAUUAUUGCAUAAUUUCCUUGCACAUUUUAUAAAUGUUUUACAACAGCAAUCUUUUUCAUAGGAUCAUCUGAUUAGGGCCAACCUCUCUCUCUACCUACUCCAGUAUCUGUGUACCACUGCUGACUGUAAGUCUCUGUGCUCCUCCCUCAGGGCAUCCAGGUGGUGUGCGGCACUAUAGACGAGUGCUGGGACCACGACCCCGAGGCCAGGCUGACCGCACAGUGUGUGGCCGAACGCUUCAACGACAUGGAGCACCCAGACAAGCUGUCUGGACGCAGCAACUCAGAGGAGAAGAUCCCCCAGGACAUCUCUGUGACGGAGUUUGAAGAGAUUGAGAAGAAGGAAGUAUGCCUCAUAAACUACAAUGCCCCUGCUGGGGAGGCUGAGAACUACAAGCAACCAAGCAGCUGAGAGAGAUUUAAGUGGAGUCUCUUUGUAUGCGCUCUGUUUAUUUGUCCUGCUUGUGACUCCAAGGAGCAAACAGAAUGGCUGUUGUGUGUCAUGGAAUUAAAAGGGAGCAAAACUGAACAAGCCAAUCAGCAAGGAACUUAUCAUGUUUUAAAAAAAAGAUUUACAGCAGUUGCUCCAAAAACAGAUUAAAGCCAUGACUGGACUGGUGAAAAUAUAAAGCCCUCUUAACUAAAUACUGUUUACACUUUAUCAAUAGCUAUGCAUACCAAAUGAUGUAUAUUCAGUUACUGUAUAUUCUUGAUGACAAUACAGUGCAGUUAUAUAACCAUUGUAUCUGGAAAAAGAAGAGAGCAGUCAAUACUGAUACACUAAUACAAUUUUAGGCCAUUUUCGACUGGCUGUUUUGUACAUUUUUAAAGGCGGCAUUGGAUGACAAAGGGACUGGAGGAUGGAGCUUUAUCAAAAACCAAGGUGAAAGUUUCAUUCCUGGAAGCACGGUAUGAGAAAAGGGCUAUGAAAUAAAAAAUGAUUCCAGGCCAAUAACCCCAGGGGAAUACUGAUAUCAUAUACCAAGGACUAUGAACUGUAAAAGAAAGACUGUGAAAUCAACCCUGGAUGAGAAAAGGGGAAUAUAGAUAUUUUACUAUAAAAUUAAGUAUAUUUAAUCAACAGAGGUUUAUAAAGGGAAUACAGAUAUUAUGACAAAAGGACUCUGAACUGGAUGUACCAUACAUGGAGUUUCAGCCCAGCAAUAACUGCUCUAACUGCUGGGAGACAUGGACAUUUAAUGACAAGGAAGGGAACUUGAUCCUUUCUCAAUUAAAGAUCUCUUUCAAAAACCCUCUCUAUGUAUAAUGUUAAAAGCCUUAAUUAAAGACUUUCAGUAUUCUACUCUUUUAA